AUGGAGACGAUCGAGGUGUCGAUUGCGUCACUCAAGGCUGUCUUGGACGUCUUCAAAUUUCAAACCAUUCAUUUCAGAAGUCUAACGAAUAUUGCAAAGAAACAAGCAAGUCUGAAUUCGAAAAUAGUAAUGUUUUAGAGUAAGUUGAUUGAGGAUAUGAAGAUGGAAAAACAAAAGUUGAUGAAAAGAAUAAAUACACUUGAGAGGUAAAGGUAAAAGCGCAGGAUAUAUUGGUUUAGCGAGAACGAGAAGAUGGUCGACUUAGGGCCGUUUGUGGAGACUUUGAAGGAGGUCACCAAGAUCAGCCAAUUCCAGGCGAUUCACGUAAAAAGUUUGGCUAAGACUUCAAGUAGACGGGAGAAUAUAAUCAAGAAGUUGUCGUCUCAAGUUGAAGAAAAAGUAAAGGCCAACAAUUCCCUGCUAAAGUAAGUGAAUUUGCGGCUGAAUAAAGUAAUCAGAGUAUGUGCUGUUUCUAGAGAAGUGGAGACCCUCAAGAUUAGCAGUCAAUUUCAUAAGGGAGAGCUUGAGAAGUCCCAGAACAAGUGCACAGAUCUGGAGAGAAAAAUCGACAAACUGAAACGGUAUUUUCAUCUUACCAUAGGUGAAUAACUGAAUUCAGAGAAAUCCACAAUCAGGCCAUGAUGUCUGGAAGUCUCAAUCCUUAUCAGACCAGUUUCAUUCCGGGGUUGGAUACGUCUGUGUCACAUAGUAAGUGUUAUUUUUAUUCGGCGUUUGAUCUAAAGCUUAUGUUUAACGUAUUUUUAGAUGAAGUUUCGUUUUGUUUGGCUGAAGUAAGUGUUUGGGUUUUUAUUUAGAAAGGUUUGUUGCGCAAUGACCGUGAUUUAGCAGAAACCGCCAGGAAAUCCCCGUCAAUCAACCGACUUCCAUCUGAACGGAACUAGUGUAAGUUAGGGUUGUAUGGAGUUAAAUUAAAAAUUUACAGAGUAACGUAUCGUCCGUUCCUGACCAGUCGAAUGAUUCCUUCAGCUUCCAAUUACCAUUCUUCCAAAAUUCUCGUAUCAAUCGUUCGGAUAGUAGAGAGGAGUAAUUUUAGUUUCGAUGGCUUACAAACAUGAAUUAAAUUGUUUUCAGCCGUCGAAUGGGGCCUCCGAAUCACCCUCCAAGAAGAAGGUCAGUGCAAGGAAAUAUGGAAGAAAGAAGUUUUGUCAUCACUCCUCAAGAAAGGUAAAUUGUUUAGGGUGAUUGUUUAACACUUUGUUUAAGAAACACGUCAACUUCAUCUUUGAGAGUCAAGAUGCCAAUGACUCCGGAUGAUGGCGCUGAACCGACUAUUCUUGCCUCAUUUGACUCCUCCGGCCGUCGUCGAACUCCGACCAAAUGUUCGACUCCCCUGAUGCCUGGCGAAGUGACGUCCCGCAGAAUCUUGAGUCCUUUCAUUAGUGCCCUUGACUCCUGA